AGUUGGCGCUAGCUAAGAUUAUGUGCGUUACUUAGUUCAUAAGUGCGAUCUCAAUUAUGGAAGAGGCCAGAGCUGUCCUGAAGAAGAAAGAUGCCAUUCUUGAACACCCGUCUAUGCUUGCAGAAGCAAUUGAUUGCAUCCGAUAUAAUAACCCACAAAGUGGACAUAACGAGGCAGAGGAGCUUUUAGUGGAGAGCUAUCAGGGUGCAAUCGAGUUCCUGUUUGAACUGGGGACUUGGCUCACCUACAUUGAUGAAGAUGCUCAGUCUACUCGUAACAUAAUUGAAUCAGUUGUCAAGGAAGCUAUUCUUCAAAACUACGAUCGUUCCAAAGCCAUAACAUGUUUAACAGAUGAAGCUUCAGCCGACACCAUGGAGUGGCUUAGUCAAAUGGUCGAAUCUCCAACUUGGCGUCAAACUAUUUAUAACCUAGCUCAGCAUCCACGGAACGAAGAUUGUCCUUUUUUAUCACUAUCUAUGCCGUGUAUAGCUGUAAAAGAAAGUCUCAUUGGAGAACUCGUAUCUGUUCCUCUUGCAUGGAACACUCUAGGCAUUUUCUUGAAGUGCGUUAUCUAUGUUUUACAGCCAUUACUAGCUGCCGGUGAUACAGUUAAAGAUCAGACAUUUAUGUACUCCAUUGCAUUUUUACAGCCAAAACGGAAUAAUGCUUCAUGUACCAAUUAUUCUAGUGUUUCACAUUCAGAAAUGAGCAUGGUGAAUUCGGAAUCGCUUCCAUCUAUUGAUGACGUUAAGGGUUUUGUUUCCGCUGUCGAUAACGAACAUCAACCAUACUCAUCAGAAGGAGAGUCUCACUUUUCUUUUGAUACUGCACAAGAUAUGUUAACCCACUUUUUGGAAAUGGGUUGUCAUAGUGAACAUGGAUAUUUACUCUUGCAAUCUAUCUUGCAGUGUUUGGCUCGAAAAAUGAAGAGCCAUUGUGCUCAUCAUCUUAUUUGGCUUUUGGAAGCUGAAGCAAGUCGAAGGGGCCGUGACGUGAGUCGGUACACAACGUAUCUCUGUGGUGCCCGAGAUUAUCCUGAUAGCAUGGAUGCGAUGCGUAUCAUCCUUAAAGAACAGGAUUUAAUUCCGGAUGCAGUUUUGCUGCUUGAGGAAGCAUAUAAAGGAGAUGCCUCCCCACCAGUAGCUUUGUUACGACAACCCAUUUUCAUUGCACUUCUAGCAGAUGCAUUAUUUGCAAGUUCUGAUAGAUUGUUAACUGAACAAUUAGAGCAAUAUGCAUACCUGUACAGCUAUGCUGCAGUGGUCGUUGAAGAGAUUGAACCUACUACUGAAAGACGUAUCUCAUGUAUACGUACUGAAGUUGAUGAAGCAAAACGUGAAGUUUUAGAAGCAAGUCGAAUUUGUAGACAAUGGAACAAUAUGUCUGGCAGUGGAAUUAGUUUACGUGCUUUCCGAGACCUUCCAUCGCUUUUGAGAUGUUUAUCAUGUCGACCUGUUUCACUUGGUGUAUUUCGUUUCGUUCGGGUCGUUUUUCAUACGAAACGUGUCGAUUUUGAAUUAAAUAUGGACACCAUGAAACCUUACUGUAUAGUAGUGAAUGAAUUGGCUGAGGUCAAUGAAUAUUUACGUCCAGCUCUCUUAGCAUUUAUCACAGAAUUACUGGCUUCUUCAGUUGAAGGAAUGGAAGACUUGAGUCAGUUAGAAUACAAACGAAUGUUGGUCGGAUUACUUGUUCAUUUACUAUCAUGUGGCCAUGUACUUCCUGUAAUAAACACAAUGCAUAGACUGUUUUUACGCAAUCGUGUUGAUGUUUCUAUUGUUCGCCAUUUUGUUACAGAAGUACGUGACAUGUUUUUUGAUUUUAAAUUAUGAAUAUUGAUAGAUUAUUACAGCGUUCACCAUAUACUUAUCCAUUUGAGAUGAACACUUAAAUUCAUGUUGGAUAACCAGGAAACAAACAGUUUGCAAAUCAAGAAAAUUUUUGUUAUCAGUAUAGGGUUGUGGAGAUCUCAAUCAAAGCUUUUGUUUUCAAUUUUCAUAAUCGUCUGUUAUUAGCCUUGGUAUUAAGCUUAAAAAGGUAGCCUCUAAGCUCGUAAUAUGUUAACCGAUUUUUAUCUUAGUGUUACCACUGACAAUUUUCUUCAAUUGAGCUCGCUAACAAGUAGGCCAAAAUCCUAUAAAACUAGGUGUUAACUUGAGUAAAACAUUAAUUCAACAGAUAGUAAUUAUGUACACCUAUCAGAAAUCGUGUCUGAUUUUUAUCACCAUAAUCAUUUAAUAAUUACCCUUUUAAACCCAUAUUGUGUGGUUUCGUAACUAAAGGAAUUACCAAAAUUAGAACUGGCGUAAAAUUGUGAAUUGUUAAGAAUAUUUCAGUUAAUAACGAUGAAUAUAGACGCUUGUGAGACUAUUAGCAAUCGCUCAACUGUUAAAUCUAUAAUGAUGUCGAAUGAAACAGUACAUGUUAGUGAAUGACAAUUUAUUGAGUUAGAACAUUUACUAGAAUAAAUAACUAGCAUUCAUAUACAUAUAAAAUGUUACCAUACACAUGAGUCAACCGUAAACCUUGCUGAUUAUCACUUAGGUGAUAUACCUCCUUGGCUUCCUUCUACGAAGCCUGUUUCGGGUUAUAUUAUUGAAAAUGGGAAUGUGACUUUGUAGUUGAAGCACAUGGUUUUCAAUGAUUAGACCUCAGGUUCAUGCCCCUCUCUGUUUAGCUCGCCAUUGGCGAAUUGAUAAUAUCACUACCUCUCACACAAAAAUAUGUCCGGAAGUCAACUGAGUGAACCUGAACUUGGUGAGUUUUCCAACUAAAUGACAGACUUUCGCUGUUUCGUGUGCAUUUGAUUCCUAUGAAAUCGUGUCAGUUAGGUAAAACCAUUUAUAUAUCUGUUUAGACAGACCAACUAAGCCAUUCAAGAUAUCUUGCUGUCAGUUCAUUUGGUGAAUGAUAUGAAUACUUAUUCAUCUAUUGCAUGCCAUCACAUAGUGCUGUGGAAAUGGAUUUUAUACAUUAGAUUGAUAAAAACGUUUUAUGUCAAGAAUAAAUAAAUAUUUGUGUAUGAUUUCUGUUUUAAUUUCCCAAGGCCGUCAUAUUUUUAGCUAUAUCAAAGAAAAUAGGAGCCAACCGUAAACGCAAUCGGUUUAUAAACUAGUAACAACUGCUAAAUUUCUUAGAGCGAUAUCAAAUUACUUACAUAAAUGUCGGCUAUAUUUACUAAAUAAUAAACAUAUGUGUAGCGGUAUACUACAUUACGUCUCAUACUAACCUUGGUUUCUAGAUAACUGCAAUGACAACGACUGUUUUCAUCACAUUGUUUAAAUAAGUUCAGACACCUUAUUAAGUCACCAUUAGUGGUGUAAGUCCUAUACUGUUGUUGCAAUUAAUAAUGACUCUUAUUAAAAACUAAUUACUAAAUCGUUAAAAUUAUGUCAAGGUUAACAGAUAGUGUGCUUGUUCUUAAUUAUAACAUUUUAUAAAUUCCAUUUAAUUACUUUUACAGACUGUUCUGUUUAAUUUUAUCCAAUGAAAUACUGUAAAUUUCGUAACGAUAUUUUAACUUGACAUACACUAAUACGGUCCUAUUUAUCCUGGGAUGGCACAAAAAUCCAGCACAGUGAGCGAAAGUAUUAUUAAAUAAUCAAUGCAUUCCGCAACUAUAAAACUGUUGAUGAUUACAUGAAUUAUAUGGGAGUUUCAUAAUACUCCAAUUUAGUUGGUACAAAUUUAUUGUAUAACAAUUCUAAAUCAUAUCAAUGUAAACAGAACGAUUUGAGGGGAGCAUUUAUUGUAAAUAAAUUCUUUAAUCAUAUUUCCGAAAACAAUCCGCAAUAUUUAACAUUACUAAAUAAACGACCUAUUGAAAUUAGAAUACUAAAUCAUGUACUGGUCCUUCAGUUUUUGCUACAGAUUUGGAGUGUUAUAAAAUAAUUUACCAAUUUUCACUAACAAGCCAUUUCAUACUUUAUCAGAAACAAACCUAAAUUUUUGACCGAAUUUAGAUUGUUUACGUUUUAUAUCCUCUUGAAGUUGUCGAAAAUUAAUGUACCAUGUGAAUUUAUUUAUACAUAGUGUUUCAUAUAGACUUAUCCAUGUAAUUCAAAAAUUUCUUUUUGUGAUUCGUUUCCAAAACCUACUAGUUGCAUUAAUA